AGCUCUGAUACUUUAAUUCUCCCUUUAUGCCCCAUUUUUAUGCUCCUGCCAUCCUGCACUCUUCUGGAAAAUGUCGCUGUCGGUCGUAAAUCACCACUGGAUCCCAGUUUUGAUAUUUGCUCUCUGCUCUGGGUUUUUACUCCAGAACCACUUUUGUGAAGCUUCAGGAACAGGGAAAAAACACAGGCUCAAAAACAUACUUUUUCUUAGUGCUGAAGAAGUUGCAGUCAAUCCUGUUUUUCCAUCAGCCAUUUUCUUUCAUAAAGUCAAUGGAACUGGGCUUUGUUUCAACAUCCAGGGAAACCAGUCUAACGCAAAUUGUUGUAGCAGCGAAUAUUUUUCCUGCAGCAGCAAAAUAGAUCAGCUCAGUAACAGCACUUACAGGGUGACUGUGAAUGAAGGGACUCUUCUCAAGCACGAUAUCGUGGUCUUACUAAAACCAAUGAGCAAUUUUUCAUGCAAUCUGUCAGACCUCCACAAUUCAACAGAGUUCAUAAGAAACCUUCACAACUGGUUAAAGCCAGGUGGCAGAAAUAUCAGACUGAGCCUGGAUAAUCCAUGUUUAAGUAUUAAUAAUGAUUCACAGACUUGUCAAGGUAAAAUUGAUUACAUGUUUGAGUUUGGAUCUAAAAUGACAACUUGUGUGAAAAGGGUCUCUUGCGAACCAUCGGACCAACCUGGGAAUCAAAAUCGUGUUUGCAAAGCUUCAGGAAUGAGGGGUAAACGCAGGCUCAAAAACCUACUUUUCAUUAGUACUAAAGAGAAUACUCAUAAUCCCUUUCCUCCAUCAGCUGUUGUCUUUAAACAACUAUAUGAAACUCGGCUUUGUUUCAACAUCAAGGCAAACCAGGCUAACGCAGAUUGUUGUAGCAGUGAAUAUUUUUCCUGCAGCACCAAAAUAGAUCCACUCAUUAAUAGCACUUACAGGCUGACUGUAAAUGAAGGGACUCUACACAAGCACGAUAUUGUGGUCAUACUAAAACCAAUGAGCAAUUUUUCAUGCAAUAUGUCAGACCUCCACAAUUCAACAGAGACUAUAUUAAACGUUCACAAGUGCUUAAAUCCAGGUGGCAGAAAUAUCAGAAUGAGUCUGGGUUACCCUUGUUCUAAACUAUGUAAUGAGUCACAGACUCAUCAAGAUCCGAUUGAAUACACGUUUGAGUUUGGACUUAAAAUAACAUCUUGUGUAAAAACAAUCCCUUGUGAAGCUUCUGACCUGGCUGGGAAUCAUCGGAACUUAACUUUUCAGCACUUAAGCAAUGAGAUGAGUCUAAAUAAAUCGAUAAAUAUUAUGAACAAUUUUAGCUCCUACCUUGACAAAAUGGGAGAUUCUGAGACCGCAUUCAUUAAAAUUGGUGAAAUAACGGGGACAAUUGCUAGACUACAACAAGAUCAAGAUAAGACUACAUUGAAUAUUGGUUUCACAUCCAAUGGGGAAGUACAAUUUCUAAAGGAAAACAAUGACGUGGAGAUGGAUAUCGUUCUCAGCAUUACAAUAUCUAAGAAAGAUGAUAGUAUAACAUCAGAGCGAAAGGUCAAAUACAUUGGAGUUCUGCUUUUUCCAGGAAUGCCUAAACAAUUUGAGUCAAAUAGCUCUUUUUUGAACAAUAAAGUCCUGGGGAUUAAAAUAGGACCAACCAAUCAUUCUGGAAAAAUUGACAUUCUCUACAAUAAUGUAGACACGAGCGAAAAAAGUGUCUUCUGUGUAUCAUCUGAUAGCAAAGGCCAAAACUGGACCAUGGAUCAUUGUGACACCAAUGCAACAGCCGGAAAUGUCACCUGCCGAUGCCCUCUUCAUGCAUUUAUUGCCGUUGUCAUGAUGCCGUCUAAACCAGAGAUGACGUUUGAAACAAACAAAAGCAGACCUUUAGACACAGAGGAAAUAUUAAACAUCAUGGACCUGGCGGAUAACUAUACCAAACAGAUGGGAGGAGCUCAAACAGCAGCAAUCAGAAUAGGCAAUGUCACUGGAGUGGUUGCUAAGCUACCAGAAAAUUCUGCUGACAUGAACUUUGGCUUUGGUGCUGGAGGAGAUGUAAUGCUUUUUGGGGAAUUCCAGAAAAAAAACGGCGGUCCCGCUAGACAAAUUAAACUUCCAAAAGAAGCUAUUGAAAUGGCAAAAAAACAAGAGGAAACACACAUCAGAAUUCUGAUUUUUCCAGGAAUUAUUGGUAAAAAUGGCUCCAAUGAUUCCCUUUUCAGUGAUGAAGUGCUGGGAAUUAAAAUAGGAAGAAAUAUAUCGAAUCUGUCACAACGCAUCAAAAUUCAAUACAAAGAUGCUACAUUGAUGCAAACUGAACAAAAAUACACUUGUGUAUCAUGGACAAUUAAAAAUAGAGAAGACACCAAUCCAAAUUGGACAAUGGACGGCUGUAAUACAACUUUGGAAGACAAAGGAGCCAAGUGUGAAUGCUCUCAUCUAACAUUCUUUGCCAUUUUGAUUAAUAAGAAAAUAGAAGAAAAAAGGACAACUCUAACUUUUAGAGCACCAGAUCGUCCUCUGACCUCAGAGGAAGCAGUAAAUUUAAUGAAGAAUCUGAGUUCUAUAGUGGACAUGAUGGGGAACGCCCAAGUAGCAACCAUUGAAAUGGGGAAAAUUUCUGGAGUUAUUCAAAGACUACCACAACAAAAUAAGACAACCAUCAACAUUGGCUUUGAUGCAAGUGGGAAAGUAGAGGAAAAGGAUGAUGUGGUUACUGGCUCCAUGCAAACAAUACGUCUUUCUAAAGAAGCCAGUGAAAUGGCUGUGAAAAAAAAUGGAUCAUAUGCGGGAGUUUUGCGCUUCCCAGAUAUUGAGAAGCUUAACAAAACCAGUUUAUUUUUAAACAACGUAAUUCUUGGGAUAGAUAUGGGAGUAAAUAUAUCCAACCUCUCAGAAACCAUCGACAUUCACUUCCGUGAUGUGAAUACGGCUGAAGCUAAUGCUACUUGUGUAUCUUGGGAUGGCACAAGUAAAGAAGGUGGCAAAGAAAAAUGGACAACAGAUGGUUGCCUGACGAAAGAGUCCAACGGCAGCAUCACAUGCCAAUGCUCUCAUCUUACAUUUUUUGCAAUCCUCAUGACAUCAGGUGAGAACAUCAGUCCCUCUCAUUUGGAAGCACUCACCCAAAUCACAAAAGCCGGCUGUGGCAUGUCCAUAUUUUUCCUGAGUGUGGCUAUCUUCAUGCAUUUUCUCAUACGGAAGACUAAAGCCACCCAAGCUGUACAGAUCCUGAUGAAUCUCUUCAUUGCCUUGUUCUUCCUGAACUUAUGCUUUUUAUUAAAUGAGACCAUUGCUAACCUGGAGAACUUUGCAGCAUGUGUGGUGAUGGCAGCGUUUAUGCACUAUAGCAUGCUUGCCACAUUCACUUGGUUCUUCAUGCAGGCUUUGCACCUGUACUUCAAUCUGCACAAAAUUCCAACAGAUGUCAAAUAUUACAUAUGCAAGAUUUGCUGCACUGGAUGGGUUCUUCCAGCUGUUAUGGUGCUUGGACUUGUUGCCUCAAACAAAUAUGAUCACGUAACGAUUUCUGGCAAUAACGACACCUCAGUAAACAUGUGCUGGAUCCCUGAUUCUACCAUUCACUUAGGUGUAAACAUUGGUUACUAUAGCAUUGUGUUCAUCUUCACUUUAACCAUAUUUAUAGUAACCAUAGUGCAUAUCAAACACUAUGCAUCUAAAGAGAAAAAAACCCAGGAGUCCUCCAAGACAAGGAUUUUCUCUCUUCUGGGUUUAUUCUGCCUUUUGGGAAUUACAUGGGGGUUUGCAUUUUUUAGCUACGGUCCUAUGCUCCUUCCCUCCUACUACAUCUUCACCAUCCUUAACUCUUUUCAAGGAUUCUUCCUGUUUGUUUACUACUACUUCUCCAGCAAGAUCAUUCCAGAGGACCAAAAGCAAUCUCAGAGCAGCAGCCAAUCCUCACAGACUGUGUACACAUCACCUUACGGAUAAGUUGCUUAUCCUUCCUCCCAGCCUCAUAUAACCUAAGUUAAUUUACUAUAUGCUUAAUAAUUUAAGUGAACUGAUACAAUUUAGAAAAUAAAAAGGAUCUAAUGAUAUACCUAAUUUACUUACAUAAAACUUUUUUGCUGGUUCACCUUUAUCACAGAGACAAUGAUGCCAUGCAAGAACUGUUCAUAAAAACAAAUUUGUUCUUAAAUUGUUUUAAGGGAAAAUUAUGCAGUCACUAUUUUUCUCCUAUUUAUAAUCUACUCUCAGGUACAAAGACUUAAUGUAGGAGACUUGCACCAUCAGUCAGUGGUUAUCCAAACCUAGAUUCCCCUAAAUGACUAUAUGUUACUUAGAAGAAAUUGUCCAUUGUAUUAGGCUACAUCAUUAUGUAUGAUGCAACUGUUAGGAUAAUUAUCACUGAAGAUUUGUGUUUAUUACACCUUGGUAUUUGCUGUCUGUUGCAUGUCAGAA